AUGAGUGUUUCAUCGGUUGUUCAUUCAGUGAUCAAACACUACCCGAAUGUAACACUCAUUGAUUGUGGUGUCGGACGGGAAUCACUACUAAUGACCGGUCAGUGCAUACACUCAUAUGAUUGGACUAAACCUAUUGAAAACGGUAGACAACUGGAAACGGCAGAAAUGCCAUGGAUUGUCUUUAUUAUAGUCAAUAGAAAUGGCAAAGAUUUCUCUGGUAGUGGUGUUGUAUUGAACAAUAACUGGAUCAUCACAUCCGGACAUUUACUAUUGUGUCGAUAUAAUCCGUGUAAAGUCAGUAAUAUCCGCAUAUAUACCGGCAAUCAAGACAUCAACCAUUUAACAGAUUAUCACACAAUUGACGACUAUUUCAUUCCCAAUGAGUUUAGAAAAGGAUAUCAAAUGUCUUAUGAUUUGGCACUCAUUAGACUCAGUAAACCAUUGAAUUUGAUGUCAAACACCGAAUAUAAGACAAUUAAUGGCAUUUGUUUGCCGAAAGAGGAUAUUAUUAACACAAACGAUGAGUUGGCACUAAUUGCCGGUUACGGGGCUAUCAAUGAUACGACAAAACUUAAGGGUAGACCACAUAUGGGUUGGUUGAAGAUUAUGAAACCCGUGUUUGAUAGCAACGAUUCUAACGGAACUAUGAUUACAGCUGAGCGCACACCGGGAGGUUCAAUGACGUGCAAAGGUGAUUCCGGUGGACCACUACUCCAGUACAUCAAUGGUAGGGCUGUACUCAUUGGUGUCACUAAAGGAGGAAUAAUGUCUAACUAUUGCCCUAAAAUUAGUUUUCAGACAUACUAUAUACGACUGUCCAAACAUAUUGAAUGGAUUAAACAAAUUGUUUGUCAAUAA